CGAUGGGCCGUUUUUUGGGGCCAGAGCGCAUUUGACGGAACGGACCGACGGACGCACGCGUAUUGUUGUGAUGAAAGGGAAUAUCAUGAUCCAUCGUCAUCCGUUCAAUUCUUCGAUACGAUAGCCCUCGAAGACUAGAGGAACGAAUACUCGAUGUCGUCGAUCUCCAUAGUUUCGCGUCUUUGCUUAAGAAUUACGCAUUUUCGCGGGACUUUCUGAGACUAACCUAAAAAUGUUGCUACGUGUAAAUCCAAGCGAAUAGUUUUCCAAUUACGUACGUGUCAAUGUAUCCUACUAAUGACCUUAUUUUACGCGAUAUAUUUGAGACAACCUUCAGUUUUGCUGUUUAAGUGCUUAUAGUAAAUUUCGGACAUCGACAAUGGCAGGAGAACAACAACAAUUUUUUCUUAAAUGGAAUGAUUUCCAAUCCAAUAUGGUGUCAUCAUUUAAACAUUUGAGAGACGAAAAAAGCUUUACAGAUGUAACGUUAGCUUGCGAUGGGCAAACUUGUAAAGCUCAUAAAAUGGUGUUAUCGGCUUGUAGUCCCUAUUUUAAAUCCCUAUUAGAGGAAAAUCCGUCCAAACAUCCCAUUAUAAUUUUAAAGGAUGUCGCUUAUAGUCAUCUUCAAGCUAUUCUGGAAUUCAUGUAUGCAGGUGAAGUAAAUGUUUCACAGGAUCAACUACCAGCCUUUCUUAAGACCGCAGAUCGACUCAAAGUUAAAGGAUUAGCUGAAGCGCCAGGUGCCAUUAAAAGGGAAGGUUAAAAAAAAAAGUUGUGGUCUUUGGAAAGCGUGCAGACUGAAAAAAAAACUGUAAUAAUGUAAAGUGAUUGCGCAAACACAUACCGUACACAUAUACAGACACAAUACAGUGCACAACUCAGUGUCCUCUGGUUCACGACUAGGAUCAAUGCAUUGCAACAAUGUAAAUUAUAAAUUUUCUUAUCUUCGGUUAAUGUUAUCGUUGUAUCGGACUUAGAUGUAUUAGUAUAUGCAAAAUGUUGAUGCUCGUCUUGAACCCAAUGUGCCACAGUGUUGCGACAACAUUGAUUAUUUUUUUAAAAUAGAGUGCUGCAAAAAGCGGAUAAAUAUGGGUCGCGAUAAUCUAUGAUGCAUGCUGACCGGGGCAGUUUUGUAGAUCAUAUGGAAAUGUUAAAGGAAUCUUUUAUGACUGGUUGUUUUUUUAAAUUUGAUUUAUCGACAAAAUAUUAUUUCUUAUUGGUUUACAGAUCUAUUCACGAGGUACAGAAAUCUUGUUUGAUGUACAGUUUGUUGUUUAAGAUUUAUUAACACUUAGCAUUGUAUAAUAGCAUAGAAGGAUCUAUGGUUGUAAGGAUAAAAGACAAACUCGAAUGGUAAAUGAUAUUGUCUUCUAUCGUGGAUAGAUUUGCAAAAAUCCCCGGCCAUCCAUUUAAAGAAUGUUAGAUCAAGUUUACUGGAAGUUGUAACGUGCGUGUCGCACAUUCCUUUUUUAUUAUUUGUGUGAAUUGAUAGAUCGCGUUGUUCCUUUACACUUGACAGACGGUAAUAACAAAGAUUAUUCGUAAUACUUUCAAACUACCCGGUACCAGUUACCUCUUCUAGUGAUCAUGAUUUUUACUUAACCAAAUACUGCCAGUAUUUGUACCGGCGUAUUCACAAUAUUACCGAUAGACCAAAUUUAUUUAUGAUAAUAUAUUAAGGGUUGAUUCUCUCAAAACAAGAGAAGGUUAUUGUAAUAUAAGUGAAAACAAAUUUUUGUAAAGUCGGAGCGCACAGUUCCUUUCUCCUCCAGAAAUUCAGGAUAAUUAGUGAAUAUAAGAAGGAAGUCAGGAAACAUUAUCGAGUCAAGGACAUGAAUAUUGAUACAAUACAUCAAUAAUCUUGACUUUAUCUUUUUUUUUUCUUUUUUUAUCAAUAUGCUGUUGUUAAAUGUUUUUAAAAAGACUUAAUGAUCUCGACAGUUUGAUCCGUUUAUCUGAAAUGGAUCUUGCUCUUCGUGGUAUUCCAAUAAGACUUUUGUAAAAGAAAGAUGAAUUAUAGACUACUAUGAUGAGUGAUUGGGUUUUGUUAGAAACAAAAGUACACUUUUUAUACUUUGCACGUGUUCUUAAAAAAAUGUUUUUAUUUUUUUGGAUAUAUCAAGCAUGUAUAACGAAAUUACAUAUUAUCUCGCGCAUUUUAUUAUUUUCUUUCGGUUUUAAAGGAAACAAGUCCAAAGCUCAUAAUUCCUGACUUUACUUUUAUCAUUUCUUAUGUAUUAUUAAACUGGCUAAUUGCAAACAUAACACACGCGAUUCUCGUGCAAGCGCGCUAAUAUAGUGCCUGAUACGGUUCAUACAUUCGACACAUUUGCAAUUUGGUUUCGAACCAUAAUGCAUAAGUAUAAGUAUUUUUACAACGCCGAUUACUAAUUAGAAUUAAAAAUACGUUCGUACCGUGAAAAGUUGUAUGUACUACUUCCUGACACACAACGUAAUGAGAUUGCAGUGCUUUUUUCUUGUACGUAUAUGCCGUUUCGGACGAUUUUGCGAAAAUAUCAGAUUAAUGUAGUCCAUUUGCAAAACAAUUUUCUUUCGUAUUUAUUUUUAUUCCUUUUUUCUUUUUCAUUUUUCUUUUUUCUUUACUCUUUCUUCUUUUUUCUUUUUUCUUUUAUUACGUAUACGGUCUUACUGAGAACUUUCUAAGGAUUCCAAAAAGAAAUAGAUUGCAACAAUGAAUUGUAAGUGCAAUUUUUUAAUUCUUAUAUUUUGCUUUCUUGUUUUUUUUUUCUUUUUCCUUUUUUUUUUUUUUUUUUUUUUUUUUUUCUUAUACCAGUUUUUUCAUAAAUCGCAUUGUCGUUCGACAGCGAGAUACUUGUCGAAAAAACACUUGUAUUGUAGAAAAUAACGUACGUUAUACUAAGAUGGUUGGAUUUAGUUCCUACAAAGACACAUUCAUCAGGCAUCUCUGGUGGUCUUCAAAUUCAACGAUCGUUGUACCGUACAGAUUCGCUAUCCUCUAUGUGUAACAAAUGCAAAGCAAAAAAUGAAAAAAGAAAGGAAAAAACGCAAAAAAAGAAAAAGAGGGAAAAAAACAAAAAUGAGAAAGAAGGAAAAGCAAAGUUUUAGUGCGUGUUUCGCAUGGAGAAGAGAAAAAAGCGAAGACGAGCGAUCCGACGAUUAACUUCAUAGCUCGUUGUAAAUUCUUCUUGAUCGUUCUCGUUUAGCAGAUUUUCAAUAUGUGUAUGUCGCAAAAGUUAUUUUCCAUUCAAUGUAUUUUCUCUUUUAAAAGAAAAAGAAAGGAAAGAUUCCUUUUAAAAUAUGAUCGUAGACAAACGAAAAUGCGAACGAUCGAUCAACGCCAAUUUCCGACGAAUCUCCCGUUAUUUCCUUUUUAUAUAUUGAUCUUCUGACGAAACUCUAAUCCUCCCUUUUACAUGAUUCUAAUUAAUGUUACUAGUUUUUUUUUUGCUAUUCAUAUGGCUCGAUGAUGAAUUAUGAUUAUGAUACGAUAAUGUUGAGAUAUAAAAAUAAAUUGUGUAAAUAUACUA